GCCUCAGACAGGUGGAGGAGACGUCCUCCAGCACCGUGGUGGCUGUGGACCGGGCAGGACUGGGCUGGGGCUGCAGGAGCGGUGGCCGCUGUCCGGUGCUCGGAUCCUCCUGCAGCCGCUGGAUUCACAGUAUGAGAGCAGAUCCGUCCCAAAACAUGCAGAUUCUCCUGAGCCUCCACACGCUGGACACUUCACUGUGGACGCGGGGAGGACGAGGGAUGUAGCUGCUGUGGAUUAACGAGGAGCACACAUGGACACAUGGUUUUUCUAUUUAUUCUCUCUGCUGAGAUUAUUGACCUGUGAUCUUUAACCACCCUCGCCCCGGCCAUGGAGAACCAAGCAGCCGAGCCGCAGAGCUACGAGGACGUGCAGAAGAGCGGGUACCUCCGCAAGCACAAAUCAAUGCACCGGCGCUUCUUCGUGCUCAGGGCGGCCUCGGAGCACGGUCCUGCUCGGCUCGAGUACUACGAGAACGAGAAGAAAUUCCGCAGCAAAUCGCCCGUGCCCAAGAAAGUCCUGAGCCUGGAGACUUGCUUCAACAUCAACAAGCGGGCGGAUUCCAAGAACAAGCACAUGAUCGUGCUCUACACCCGCAGCGAGAGCUUCGCCAUCGCCGCAGACAGCGAGGAGGCGCAGAACGAGUGGUACCAGGCGAUGCUGGACCUCCAGUGCGACUGUAAAACUCCUGAAGACUAUGGCAGUAGUGGAGAGUGUAGCUCUCCAUCUCCUGUUCCAACAUUCAAGGAAGUGUGGCAGGUCAAGGUUUGGCCUAAAGGUCUUGGACACGCCAGGAACUUGGUGGGCAUUUACCGGCUGUGCCUAACCGACAAAACAGUCAACUUUGUCAAACUUAACUCGGAUGUGGCCGCUGUGGUGUUGCAGCUGAUGAAUGUUCGCAGGUGUGGCCAUUCAGAGAACUUUUUCUUCAUCGAGGUGGGUCGCUCAGCGAUUACCGGGCCUGGAGAGUUCUGGAUGCAGGUGGAUGACUCCGUCGUGGCCCAGAACAUGCAUGAGACCCUGCUGGAGGCCAUGAAGGCCCUUAGUGAGGAGUUCCGUCAGAGGAGUAAAUCUCAGUCUGUAGGAACGUCAUGCGGAGGUGGUACCGCCUCAAACCCCAUCAGUGUCCCGAGCCGUCGUCAUCAUCCAAAUCUGCCGCCAAGCCAGGUGGGCUUCUCCAGACGAGCACGCACAGAGACCCCAGGAGGCAGCAGCACGAGCACUUCACCGACAUCACGUCACGGGUUUCCGAGGGCGCGAACAGCCAGCAUCGGAGCAAGGUCGGAGGAGGGUGGAGCAAGUGCCAAAGGGACAUGGGCCAGUUCCAGUCCAAGUCUUAAUGGAUCCUGCUCUACUACGCCAACGCUGAGGCCAAAACCCACCAGGGCCCCAACCCCUGCUAAGAUUACCCUCAGCCUCGCACGUUACACGCCCAACCCUGCUCCCUCACCCGCACCAAGUUUGUCCUCCAGCUCUGGUCAUGGUUCAGAGUGUGGCUUGGUGGGGGCAGCAGUGGGAGGCAUUACGGUCUGCUCCUACCCUCGUGUUUCUCAGAGAGUCUCUGUUUCAGGCUCCCCGAGCGACUAUGGCUCCUCAGAUGAGUAUGGUUCCAGUCCUGGGGAACAUUCUCUGCUUGUACCCAGUCUGUCUGGACAUCAUGCACAUGGAGAAGGCCCCUCCAGCUAUAUAGUCAUGGGACAGCGAGAGGGUCUCCUCGGUUCCCACCAUCGUUCCAAAGGGCGACGGAUUCUGCGGCGCUCAUCCAGUCGGGAAUCUGAGGCAGAACGCAGACUACUAAGUAAGAGGGCGUCCCUGCCUUUGGCGGCCCAUGAACGGCUGACUCCACACAGAAAAGAUGAAGAUGAUGAAGAUGAUGAAGAUUAUGCCAUCAUGUCACAGAGUGCUAACAGGCAGAGAGCUGAUUUGCACCAUGCCUCAGGGGGGCUGGCAGGUGGGGGUGGGCAGCGUGAUGUCAUAGGGGAGAAUAGGAAGAGGGCUGACAAAAGCAGGAGAGAGGUAGAUGUAAGAGGAGCUGUGGAUAGUGGCUACAUGUCAAUGCUGCCUGGAGUGACUUCUCCUCCUGUGUCACUUCCCCUCUCAAUAGGUAUGUCUGACUCCAGUGCUAAACCUGGGGCAGAUGAUGAGUACAUGGCUAUGACCCCCAACAACAGUUUGUCCCCUCCUCAGCACAUCCGCCAGCCCAGCUCAGAAGGCUACAUGGUCAUGUCCCCCAACAGCAGCAGUUCCACAGACCUGCAUGGCCUGGGCAUGUGGGAUAGCAGGGUCAGCAUGGAGAGCCGGGCUGCCAGUGACUACAUGAACAUCUCACCUGUCAGCAGCCGCUCUGCCUGCAGCACACCACCGUCUCACCCUGAGCAGCACCAGCUGCAACCAAAAAUGUUCAAUUCUUAUUUCUCCCUGCCACGAGCUUAUCAACACACUCUCUAUACUCGCUUUGAGGACGACUUGAACAAAGGGGAAGGAAAAAAGGACAGCAGUGGGCAUGUUGGUGCUGGAAGGGAAGGGGGAGUGGGAUACAGCAAGAGAAACAAAAUUGCAGUGGGCUCUGCAGGAGGCUGCCAACUCUCCAUGUCUUCCUCUUCUUUCUCCUCCAGCUCAGCCAGCAGUGAAAGCCUGGAAGACAAGUCCAUAUCAGCAGGCAGAGGGUUAAGUUUAUUAAGAACUGGCGCAGAGUACAUGAGUGCAGGAAUAUGCACAAAAGAUGGACGUCACCAGCAAAAGCGUGGAUCAAGUAGUAAGAGCCCAAAGCAGCAAAGGAAGGGUCGCCCCCUCAGUGUGUCCUCAGACAUUGCUAAAGCAAACACGCUGCCCAGGGUGAAGGAGAAUCUGCCUCCAUCAGUGUCUCAAAAUGUCGGUGAGUAUGUCAGUAUUGUCUACAAGGAGAAGAAUAAGUAUGAUGGAGGACACAGACAACCGGUGAUCCAUGGAACCCUCCGGCCUGUGAAUCAACCACUUCCCUGUCACAAUAAUCCUGCUAACCUUCCCCGUAGCUACUCGGCACCGCUGUCCACCUCUGCCGAAUACGUCAGCAUGGACUUAGGGAAGUCCUCAACACCCCUGACUCCUAUUAGGUCCACAUUCAGAAACCCACAGGGCCCACCAACUGUUGUCCCAAAGGCCCCACAUGAACGUGGCACACCCUCUUCUCUGGCAGCAGAGGGCAAAACCGGGUACAGAACAAAAGUAAAGAUGGCAGUGAUGCCAACAGAUGCCCCAUUUAUAGACAACAAAGGUUCAGAUCCCAGCAUUUCAGCAAGAUCUGCCGUGCACUCUGGUCAACCCUUGUCCAGGGAGCAGGAGACAGGUUUGGGUUUCUCCCCAGUCAAGUCCUUCCAGUCUCCUGAGCGGAACAGCAGCCGACUGGUCCGAGGUGACCCACAGGGACGGUGGAGUCACCGCUCAGAGACAUUCAACUCACCUCCCUCUCUACCACGCCACCCACCCUCUUCUACCUCCCUCUUCACGGAGGGCAGCCAGGCAGCAAGCCAUCGGCAUGGCUUGGACUGCUCACUGUGGGAGAACGGACAGGCAUCAAGUUUGUCUGCCACGCCUCCACCACAAGCCUCCACCUCAUCCACUGAACAAGGCCUUAACUACAUUGACCUUGACUUGGCCAUUAAGGAGAGUCCUCAAGCUGGAGUGGAGCGCACCUCUGCCGCCUACAACAUCGGAGGGGGCGCUAUGGGUAGCAGUGCUGGCUCCAGCCUCAACACAUAUGCCAGUAUUGAUUUCUACAAGUCAGAAGAACUGAGAGCACACCAGAGCAGUAGAAAGGAUGGUCAAGAUUGUUGAUCAUCAUUGUCAUGGAUCUGAGUGACUGCUCCACGCUCACUCUGUGAGGGGACUCUCGGUGUUGGAGGCCCGACCUGUUGCCAUAACAGAGCGGGACACUGAAGUCUUAACACUGAAACCAUGGAAAACGCAUCCCCAUCCUGUCUGCUGUUUUCUGUCAACCAAAUGUGUGCCAAACACACACACACACACACCACACGACACAUGACACACACCCACAUGGUAACGAAAAGGUUAUUUUGCCUUGUUUUGAACAAAAGUGACA